AACAAAACUCAAGAGUCCCAACUCCCAAGUCGUCGUCCGCUGGUGGACCCGCGAAAGCGUCGACCCAAUAGAACAAGCACAGCUGACCCGACACCCACCCUCGCCGUCGCAGUCGCCGGUGACGAGAACGCGCGCGCGGGUUUGCCGACGGCGAGGAGGAGGAGGUCGCCGAGGAUGGGCUGCUCCAUGUCGGGGCUGAACGCCCUCUACGACGCGGCGACCGGCGGCGGCGACGUGUGGAUCAACGAGCGCCGCUUCCGCGUCCUCCGCCAGAUCGGCGAGGGCGGCUUCGCCUUCGUCUACCUCGUCAAGGAGCACGAAGCCUCCUCCGACGCAGCGCGCGGCAGGCACCCCUCCCACGUCUCAGAGGAUGGGACGUAUGCUAUGAAGAAGGUGUUGAUUCAGAGCAAGGAGCAACUGGAUCUGGUGAAGGAGGAGAUCCGUGUUUCGUCGUUGUUCAACCAUCCCAAUCUGCUACCGCUUCUUGAUCAUGCCAUAAUAGCAGUUAAGACUGAACAGGGUGAUUGGAGCCACGAAGCCUACUUACUCUUCCCGGUCUAUUUGGAUGGUACUUUGUUCGACAAUUCAAAAGCCAUGUGGUCUAGGAAGGAAUUCUAUUCAGUAUUCCAUAUUUUGCAAAUAUUCCGGCAGAUCUGUGAAGGAGUGAAGCACAUGCACAGUUUUGAUCCACCAUAUGCCCAUAAUGAUGUCAAGCCUGGCAAUGUUCUUAUAACUCAUCGAAAAGGACAAGCGCCUCUUGCAACUUUGAUGGAUUUUGGAAGUUCACGGCCUGCAAGAAAUAAAAUACGUUCUCGUUCUGAAGCAUUACGGUUGCAGGAAUGGGCUGCUGAACAUUGCUCUGCGCCUUUUCGUGCACCUGAAUUGUGGGACUGCCCAAGUCAUGCCGAUAUCGAUGAGAGGACAGAUAUCUGGUCUCUAGGAUGCACUCUUUAUGCCAUCAUGUAUGGUGUUUCUCCCUUUGAAUAUGCUCUUGGUGAAUCUGGAGGAAGCUUGCAAUUGGCCAUUAUGAACGUGCAAUUGAAGUGGCCGUUGGUACCAAGCCCUUACCCUGAUUCGCUUCACAAGUUCCUUACAUGGAUGCUUCACCCACAACCUGCAAUGCGCCCUCGCAUCAAUGACAUACUUCUCCAUGUUGACAAGCUUGUGGAAAGAUACUCACCUUGAGCCAGUGUGCACAUUCUAUUCUGAAUUGACUUAUUUACAAAUUGCAAAGGGAACAUGAUGUGAAGCAUCAACUUCAGUCAUGCUUGACGUCUUUUCAUCCCUUGAAAUAGGACAAGUAUCACUUCUUUAUGUAUCUUUACCAAUUUGUCGCUGAACUUAUCUUGUACAAAAUAUUUAGUGAAUACCAAAACUGCCUCUGUUUAUAUCUAGAUCUUUUUUUUGGAAA